AUGUAGAACUUCGGUUCACUCAUAGAAAUGGGUAGUAUAGUAUCCGUUUCUCACACAUCACAGACUUCUAUAAUUGAAAGCGAAAAUGAGAAUUCGAAUUCUAAUAGGGAUGCUAAUUAGGAUUCUCGUAAAUAAUCAUCAGAUUCCCUGUUUUAAAUGAUCAAAAUUAAUGGUAAUUAAUCCUAAUAGCAACAAUAAAACGGUGAGCAGGGUAAGAUCAACAGUGCAUCAUAAAAAAUAGAUUUGAAAGACGUCAUAAAUUAGGUGGGUAGUUUAGUUGAAGAUCACGAAAAGAAAAUGAAGAGCUUUAAUCCUCAGACCCAUUCAAAUCAUGAACUUGAUUAUUGCUCGGAAUCUGAUUCUCUUGAUGAAAAUGAUCUUGAUAAGAGUAAUGGCUUCAUCAUAGAGGAAUAUAUACAGCAAUAAAAGCAAUUCGUUUAGUCCACGCAAUAAAAAUUACCUUCAUCAUAGUUUCUAUAAACUCAAAAAACGUCAAAUAAGGGUCUGGAGUAUGAAUAAUUUUACUAACAAACUCAGAGAUCAAUUGAAAACGAACCGAAAUCAACAGAAGAAUAGGAGGAGGAAGAAAAAGUUAGUUACUCAUUGCUUAUCAGAGGUUCUGGUGAUUCUAAUGGCCAGAAGUAAUCAUGA